CGUGGGAAACGACGGCGAACUGGAUUUGAUUUUAAAUGGUCCAAUAGGGACAGAGGUUGGUGAACCGUGUGCAAUAGGAAUAGAGGCCUCUCAACUGCAGCCAAUAGGAAUAGAGGCCUCUCAACUGCACCCAAUAGGAAUAGAGGCCGCUCAACUGCAGCCAAUAGGAGUAGAGGCCGCUCAACAGCAGCUCGCGGCGAUUUGAACAUGUCCGAAUCUCGGGACACAAGCUGUAGCAUUGUGAUCAGCAAUGAACCAUUACUCCUCAGCAAGCCCAUCAUCUUCAACCCAGACUUUUUUGUGGAAAAACUUCGCCAUGAAAAGCCAGAGGUGUUUCUGGAGCUGGUUGUGAGCAACCUAACACGUCUCAUCGACCUUCCUGGGACUGAGUUUGCACAACUGAUUGGUGAGGAAGAGCCCAGUUUACCCAGCAACACCAGCUCCAGCUUUUUCCGCUCAUUCAACUUCCUGAAACGUAAAGAGAAGGGGGUUGUGUUUGGAGCUCCACUAACAGAAGAGGGAAUUGCUCAAGUUUAUCAGCUCAUUGAAUAUCUCUACAAAAAUCUCCAUGUGGAGGGUCUGUUCCGCAUUCCUGGGAACAGUAUCCGUCUGCAGUCCCUGAAAGAUGCUUUAAACAGUGGCGUGGAUGUAGAUCUGGAUUCUGGAGAGUUUCAUCCAAAUGAUGUUGCAACUCUGUUGAAAGUAUUCCUCGGAGAACUGCCAGAACCGCUCCUCAGUCAUAGACAUUAUAAUGCUCAUCUCAAAAUAGCAGAUCUAAUGGUGUUUGACGUGAAGGGGAAGAAAACUGUUCCUGACAAGGAGCGUCAAAUCGAAGCUCUUCAGCUACUCUUCCUUUUGUUGCCCUCAGCCAAUCGGAAUCUGCUGAAGUUACUGUUGGAUCUACUAUACCAAACUGCCAAACAUCAGGACAGGAACAAGAUGACUGCCUAUAACCUGGCACUCAUGUUUGCUCCACACAUUCUCUGGCCAAGGAAUAUGAUGGCUGCUGACCUUCAAGGAAAUAUCGCCAAGUUAAAUAAUGGAACUGCAUUUUUGAUUAAACACUCUCAGAAGCUCUUCCGGGCACCAGCAUACAUUCGAGAACUUGCCAGAUUACAGUUCACAGGAUCAAAGCUCUCAGUGAUCAGGGAUGAUCUGGAUUUGUUGUCAGCUCCAGAUUGCCCAGAUUUGCUCAUCAGUAAAUCUGCAAAGCGGAACAGGCUGCACUCUGUUUUGAGAUCCCAGGAGGACACACAGCAACAUACAGAAGAGGCCCUGAAGGAGCUCUUUAAACACGUCAGCAAUAUGCCCAACUCCGCCAAGAAGAAGAGACUCGUGAGACAGUUUCAUAAAAGCUCGGUGGUUGGUACUCCUGAAGGAUUAAUUUCGCCGAAACACAAGAAACACAUGCGCUCCAAGUCUUUUGGAGGCCGCAUUAAGCGUAAAGUUUUGGGUGGUCAGUAUAUCACUGAAAGAAAGAGCAAAAUCCUGAUACCAGACACAGCGACUGAAAGCAGUGGACAUCCACAAGUGGGUGACGUGGAGAACCUGGAGCAGUUUCAGAAGUGUGAAGAAUCAUCAGCACUGCACUUCAGUCACAUCCGAUCAAAAUCCACCGAGGAAAUCCUCAACAGCAGAAAGGAACCACUUGGAGUGAACCGAACAAUCACAGUUUCAACGAGGGAAUCGGCCAUGUAGUUCAACGUUCCCCUUCAAAAUGUCUCAAAGCAAUGUGAAGCUGAGGAGAGCCAUUAAAGACCACUAAUUGUGCUCACUGGAACUGAAAUAUUGGAUGUUUAGAAUGACUAGUAGCUUUUAAUAUCCUGUGGUAACAGAUUGAACAUGGACCUAUAUAAUUUGUCAUGCUGCUGCCUUAUUUAACAGGGCAGCCAGGUUAUGGAUCAAGAAAAGAGGAAAAUCUCAUGGGCUAUAUUUGGGUGCACAUAACAAAAGCAGGUCCUUAGUUAGGAGAGUGGGAAAUGCAAGUAGCUGAAAGAUACUGAGUAACUGUGAAAUUGAGGCUGUUACUGGUUGGGCUUAAUCUGCUGGCUUGAAAUGAAUUUACUUCAGGUAAUUAUAAAAUAUUAAAUGACUGUCAGUACAACACAGGCCACUAAAUCAAAUUCAGCUCUAAUGGGUACUAAACAAGCCUUAGGUUGGUUAUAUUUCGGACCAAAAACCUUGAGGGAGGCUCAGCAAAGUGUGGGUCAGGGUAGAGGGUUGGAAAUUCUUCUGAUGUCACAGAGGGUCAGACGUCUUACUAGAGUGACAGAGGAGUUGUUUGAUGUGUCACUGCCUUGUCUCAAGAUUUACAUUUAUCUUACAAGCAACUCUGCAUGUUGAAAAAAAAUACUUUGGUACCUCAGUCUUAGUGUUUUCCUAUCAUGUGUCACUCGCUUCCUGAUCCUGUUUAUUGCCCGGAUACUCCAACAGGAUUUAAUAAUAAUCUUUAGACAAAAGAUACUAAUUCCUCUGCAGCCUCUAACUCUGCCCAAGGUGAACUGGUGUCUAGAACUAAAGUCAUAUUUGAGUCAGCAUCAACCCAUCAGGAGGGAGGGAGAAGACAGUGGGGGGUUAAGGUAAGAGGUUAAGCUGGAUGCACAGCAGGUUAAGGGUCAUUGGUUAUGUGGAUAAAAGCAUUGAACAGGCAGGAAAAAAAUUAAAUAUUUUCUUUUUUUUACUAAACUUACAUAGCUUUAAGAUGCUGAACUGAAGUUUACCUUCAUAUUAGCCAAAUUCCAGAGCUAAUCCCUUGCUUUUUAUAUACUGUGUUAGUGACAGUGUAUCAUGUGACAUUUGCUACUGCGAAUCGGUCAUUGUAGCAGAGCAGGAUGGACCUGAACAGCUCCAAAGCAGCAAGUGAAUUAUCAAGCACCCUGUCAUUCUUGCUGGAAGUGGGUGAGAGGUGCAGCUUCCUGUACCCUGCCCCACACAGCUUAGAACAUGUGAGGAGCCUGCCGGCUUCUGCUAUGUUGGCAGGGGAUUGACAAUGUCAAUAACAGUAACUGAAACUGAUUUUCUGUUAACAGUUAAUUCACACCAAGUACAAUGCUGCAGAUGACACUGGAGAUAAAUGCUGUGAAAUCUUAGUUAAUUAUUGAGUCUUCAGUAAUUGAAGUGAAUGUGAUGCUUUUUUGUACUGCAUGAACGUCUUAAUCUUUUUAAUAUUGCUAUCCUUGUAUUUAUGUGAUGUAUAAUAUAUAUAAUGUUUUAUA